AUGGCUCAGGCUCUGGGUUUUGCGUACCGCAUGGCGGUCCCCGCGGCGAUCGGCGUCGCUGUGCUGCAAUCUUCAAUCUACGACGUCAGGGGUGGAAACAGAGCCGUUAUCUUCGACAGAUUAGCGGGUGUCAAGGAGGGAGUCAUCAGCGAGGGCACGCAUUUUCUUGUGCCGUGGCUGCAGAGGAGCAUCAUCUUCGACGUGAGGACGAAGCCCAGGAACAUCGCCACGACAACGGGCAGCAAGGAUCUCCAGAUGGUCAGCUUGACCCUGCGUGUUCUGCACCGCCCUGAGGUCCAGAACCUCCCCAAGAUCUACCAGAACCUCGGCCAAGACUACGACGAGAGGGUUCUCCCCUCCAUCGGCAACGAAGUCCUCAAGUCCAUCGUCGCCCAGUUCGACGCCGCAGAGCUCAUCACUCAGCGUGAGGCCGUCUCCAACCGCAUCCGCUCCGACCUGACCAAGCGCGCCGCUGAGUUCAACAUCGCCCUCGAGGAUGUCUCCAUCACCCACAUGACCUUCGGCAAGGAGUUCACCAAGGCCGUCGAGCAGAAGCAGAUUGCCCAGCAGGACGCCGAGCGUGCGCGCUUCAUCGUCGAGAAGGCCGAGCAGGAGCGCCAGGCCAACGUCAUCCGCGCCGAGGGUGAGGCCGAGAGUGCCGACACCAUCUCCAAAGCCAUCUCCAAGUCAGGCGACGGUCUCAUCCAGAUCAGAAAGAUUGAGGCCAGCAGAGAGAUUGCCUCUACUUUGUCCGGUAACCCCAACGUUGCGUACUUGCCCAGCAGCGGAAAGGGUAGCCAGAUGCUGUUGAACGUUGGACGUCCGUAA